AUGUCCACAAUUACAAAGAACGUCUCGACUCAGACAAUCUCUAUCACUUCGCAGUUAUCUGUCAAAGCCAAUAGAUUGCUUGACACUAUUCAUGAAACCGCAAACCUGUUUGGUGCAAAAGGUAAGUGGGGAGACCACUUUAACGAGACCGGAGUGUGUCGUUUGGCUUUAUCGGACGAAGACAAAGGUGUUCGUGACUGGUUUGUUGGGGAAGUCACCAAGCUUGGCUGCAAGGUGAAAAUUGACCAGUUGGGUAACAUCUUUGCCAUUUACCCCGGUAAAAAUGAAGGAAAGCCCACUGCCAUUGGUUCUCAUUUGGAUACUCAGCCUACCGGAGGCAGAUACGACGGAAUCUACGGUGUUUUGAGUGGCUUGGAGGUGUUGAGAACCAUGAAGGAGAAUAACUUCACACCCAAUUAUCCUAUCUGCGUGGUGGACUGGAUGAACGAGGAGGGUGCCAGAUUUCCCAUGAGCAUGAUGUCUUCUGCUGUUUGGGCGGGUGCCGUUUCACAGCAGGAGGUGUAUGACUUGAAAUCUGUGACCGAUGUUAAGCCUGUCACCGUUUUGGAAGAGUUAAAGAGAAUCGGAUAUUUGGGUGAUGUUCCUUGUAGCUAUGAGGAAAACCCACUUGCAGCACACUUUGAAAUCCACAUCGAGCAGGGUCCUAUCUUGGAAGAGCAAAAUAAGAAGAUUGGCCGUGUUCAAGGUAUCCAGGCAUUGAAGUGGGUGGAAAUUACCAUGCAAGGUAAGGCACAGCACACGGGAACCACGCCUUUCCGGUCCAGAAGUGACGCCUUGCUUGCUUCGUCCAAGGUGGUUGUCUUGGGAGACAAGAUUGCCCACAAGUACGGUGGAUUGUGCAGUGUGGGUAUCAUGGAGUUGGAGCCAGCAGUGGUGAAUGUGAUUCCACUGCAGGUGCGGUUCGUGGUGGACUUGAGACACCACAUCGAUGAGAAAAUGGCCCUGAUGUUCUCGGAGCUCAAGCAGGGCAUGAGCGAGAUUGUGGAGUCGAGUGGUGUUAAGUUGUCUUACGACUUGAAAAUGUUGGUGGAUCAACCAGCCAUUCACUUUGACAAGGCUUGUAUCGACUGUAUCAAACAGGCAUCCGAUGAGCUUUUUGGAGAGGACGAAUCGUUACCUAUAGUAAGUGGUGCUGGUCACGACAGUGGACUUGUAUCUCAAAGAUGUCCUACGGCCAUGAUUUUCAUUCCUUCCAGAGAUGGAGUUUCUCACAAUCCUGAAGAGUAUAGUACUCCUGAGCAAGUUGCUGAUGGCUUCCAGGUGUUGUUGAAUGCUGUGUUGAAGUACGAUCAGCAGAGAACGCAGUAG